AUGGAACGUGAGCCACGUCAGCUAACAAGUUCGGAGCAGUGGUGGCGUGUUCGUGCCCUUCUGAAUACAAUUGAGAUGCUGGACAAACUGAUUCAUUAUGCGCUGGAUGGGGCCGUUUUUCCGCUUUCAGAUAAAGAGAAUGCGCGAAAGAGAACGGAAACAGUUUCAAGUGGUACAGGAGGUGCGGAAGAAGACGAUGAAACAACAGAGGUUGACAUGGAACGUGAGCCACGUCAGCUAACAAGUUCGGAGCAGUGGUGGCGUGUUCGUGCCCUUCUGAAUACAAUUGAGAUGCUGGACAAAUUGAUUCAUUAUGCGCUGGAUGGGGCCGUUUCUCAGCAGUUUUUCAAGACCAAUCAUUCGAGCUGCUCCAGUUGGCUGCUGCGCUUGUAUCUGCCAAUGAUGGCCGUGGCCUAUACAAAUAAUAAUUACGCGCAAGUGGUGCGACUUGGUGCAUGUUUGCUCAAAGAUAUCGAGAAGCGACUCACAGCAAGCGAAAACAAUAUUACGCCCAGAGAAAAAAGUCUGAAUUUGAUGCUCUUGUUAGCCAGAGCCGGCAUGGAUUCAAUGGUUCAUACAUGUCUUUCAUGGAUGGUAAAAGCCCUGAUUGAGCUGGGCCGUUCGCAAGUCAUUAUGGGACUUUAUACUUGGACUGAAAAAUACUAUGGUCAACGUUUCGAUUGGGUCAAAUGCUCUGCUGAAAUGGCAUCUGGAAGAAUAGAAACAGCUCUCUGCGGAUUGCAAAAACUUCUGCAUGGUGCUGAUUUGCCAGAGAAUGUGCAGAAAACAUGCAGGCAACUUAUCAUUAUGGGUUUGGAAAUGCUUCGUAAUCCGGAUGAGAUCAGUCGCUUUCGACCAGUUAUCCAAGAAGACUCGACGACCAACCCCGAUGCUUUGCCUGAGGGAUUUGAAGAAAUUGCAUGGAAGAGAUAA